AGUUACUUAAAUUUUAUAAAUAAUUUUUUAGCGAAUAAUUAUUUAGAUAUAAAUAUGUAUAUAUUAAUAUAAUUUUAAAUGAAUUUAAAAAUGGUUAAUUUUUAAAAAUAUUAUGAUCAGUAGAAGUUCAAAAAUUUUAAAUUUUUUUAAAAAAAAAUAGGAAAAUGAAUUUUAAAUAGUUAUUAAUAUUUUUGUAUUUUAAUGGUCGAAAUUCUAAAAUUUUUGGAUAAAAAGUUAAUUUUUCAUGUGAUACAACUAGUUAUGAUAUAACAAAAUAUAAAAACAAAAAUAAAAAGGUUGUGCCUCAUGUGCCCUUUUCUAGGCAGCACACACAUGUAAAGUCAUUUUAAGGCUUAGCGUGUAUAUAUAUAUAUAUAUAUAUAUUAGUAUUUACUUACAAGUGUGAGUCUAUCUUACUUAUCAGUGUUUGUUGUUUAUAUGUGACUAGGUAUGAGGCCGAAUUAGUAGAGAAAAUCGUCAAUGAUGUGUUGAAAAAAUUUAGUGAUAUGUCUAAAAGUGAUGAUUCUUAUGAUACCAAAUUGAUUGGAAUUAAAUCGCGUGUGGAAAAAGUGGAAUGCUUGUUAAAAGAUAAGCAAGUUGUAGGAAUUUUGGGGAUCGGAGGCGUUGGUAAAACAACUAUUGCACUAGAAGUAUUUCGUCGAAACAAAAAUCAAUUUAAUGGUCAUUACUUUGUUGAAAAUGUCAGGGAAACAAUGAUAAAGAAAUCAUCAAAAUCAGCACGAAAAAAAAUAAUUUGUGAAUUAUUAAGGGACAAACAUAUAGAUGAUUUGAAUGAUCAUGUUUGCAAAAGGCUCAAGAGUAUGAAGGUAUUGAUUGUUUUUGAUGAUAUAGAGGAUCGAAACCAUUUAAAAGAUUUAGCAGGAGAGUGUCAUUUGUAUGGUGAGGGAAGUAGAAUCAUCAUAACUAGUAGAGAUUCACUUGGUUUAUCAGAAGAAGGCAUAUAUGAGGUUGAGAAGUUAAUUGAUUCUCAAGAUCUGGAACUCUUUAGCUUACAUGCCUUCGAGCAAAAUCGUCCCAAGGAAGAAUAUAAGGAGCUAUCAAAGAAGGCGACAAUCUAUGCUGGAGGCAAUCCACUAGCUCUUAAAGUUUUGGGAUCUCAUUUAUUUCGUAGGACGAUAGAAGAAUGGGAAAGCGAAUUGGAAAAAUUGAAAGGCAAAUCUCUUAAAAAAAUUGAAGAUGUUUUGAAAAGAAGUUAUGAUGGGCUAGAAAAGAAUGAACAGGAAAUAUUUCUUGACACUGCAUGUUUCUUCAAAGGUGAAAAUAAAGAUCAUGUCAAGAGAAAAUUAAAAGCAUUUGGUUUCUAUCCAGAAAGUGGAAUACCUCGUCUAAUUGAGAAGUCUCUGAUAACUAUUUCAAACAAUAGGGUAGGUAUGCAUGACUUGCUAGAGCAAAUGGGCAAGGAUAUUGUUAAUGAGGAAUGCAAACAGCCUGGCGGACGCAGCAGGUUGUGGAAUUAUGAAGAUAUUAGUUAUGUAUUGACAACAGAGACGGGAACCGGAAAUGUUGAGGCCAUAUCGUUUCGUCCGGGUGGGAGAGAUAUUUUGAAGCUUUUGAAGCUAAGUGCCACGGCCUUUGCGAAGAUGUGCAAUCUUAGAUUCAUCGAAGUAUAUGCAAUGUCGAACAAAGUGCUCCUUCCUAAGAACUUUGAAUUUUGUGCACAAGCGCUAAGAUGUCUUUACUGGGAUUAUUAUCCUCUGGAAUCUUUGCCGUUAAAUUUUUGGCCAAAGAAUCUUGUAGAACUUCGCAUGCUUUCUAGCAAUCUCAUACAACUGUGGAAUGGAGGAGAUAAGCCUCUUGAAAAUUUGAAAUUAAUGGACCUCAGCCUCUGUUGUCGCCUGGAAAGGAUUCCGAACUUGUCUAGUAUUGCCCCAAAUGUCGAGUUUUUAUAUUUGGACACAUGUUUGAGUUUGGUUGAAAUUCCCUCUCUUCAAAAUCUGAGCAAGCUUACUGAACUUUAUUUAACUGGAUCCAAGGAAAUCAAAGAUUGUCCAGAGAUUCCGUGUAAUAUAAGGAUUCUAAAAUUAGACAGAACUGGAAUAGAACAACUGCCCUCAUCAAUUAAGCAUCUGUCUCAACUUGUCAUAUUGUCCUUGGAUCAGUGUACAGCACUCGCGAGUCUUCCAAGCAGCAUUGGCAAUUUGAAACGUCUUGAAGAACUUCAUCUAGCUGAAUGUUCAAGACUCGUGACUAUUCCAAGCAGCAUAGGCGAGUUGAAAUGUCUUGAAAAGUUAUUUCUCCCGGAUUGCUCAAAUUUAGCAAGUCUUCCUGAAAGCAUCAAACAACUUUCGAAGUUGAAACUGCUUAAUUUAGAAGAUUGCAGGAGACUUAAAAGUUUACCAGGGCUUCCAUCAUGCUUAAAAUUAUUAAAAGCAAUUGAUUGCCACUCUCUGGAAUCUGCAUCAAUUUCUUUCAAUUUCUUAGAACAUGAAGAUGAAAAUGAAGAAGCAGAUAAAAGUGAACAUGAAAAUGAAGAAGCACAUAAAAGUGAAUCUGAAGAUUGCAAAUUUCUUGAUUUUAGUAAUUGCGUCAAAUUGAAUAAGAAAGUAAUGGAGGAUGUUUUUGAAGCGCACAAGUUGGGUCAGAAAGUUACAUUAUUGAUGGCAGGAGGUGAAGUGCCAGAAGGGAUGAGGUAUAAGAAUAAAGGAUCCUCGCUUUCCUUCAAACUUGACCUUCGUGACGUAAUUGCCUUUUCUUUCUGCGUUGUUCUUCGUCCCAGAGGUUUAAUCGAUUUUCCUGGAUUUGAAGUGGAUUUCAUAUGUGAAUCUGGAAAUAGGCGGGAACGUAAUGCGUUCAACUUAUUUAGCUAUAAGGACGUUGCGAAUUGGAAUGGUUAUGGAGGUCCGUAUGAUUCGGACUUAUCACACGUGUUGCUUUCAUUCAAUGGAUUGAGGACACGUUUUGAUGAAGAGUGUUUCGUUAAGGCCUCAUUUUGCUUCAACGCUGACGGUUUCGCGGAACCGCAGGAAAUUAUGGAGUGUGGGGUCCAUCCUAUAUAUAGUAGAGAUAAAAGGAAAAGCAGAAAUGAAAAGCAUCAAGAUGACAAAUCGAAGAGAAGAAGAAUAAAUAAUGAGGAGGAAGCUUCUUCUUCUUCUUCACUCGAUCGAAAUCUCUCUCUAUCUCUUCCUGCUUCCUCUUAACCAAACCCCACUCACUUUCACAACAGGUAUAACUCAUUUCUAGUUUGCCGAUACUUUUUAGCAUUCUUAAUUGCUUUACUCUUACAAAUACCUGCAAUCUUUUGCAGCUCUAUCAUCUGCCGCUCUAUUGUCAUUUGAGAGAGGGAAGACUAUAGAGGAGAAUAAUUAAGCUCAAAUCAGGGGAAAAACAACAGGUGAAAUGAUAAAUAGUAUCUUCGUUAUAUGUAAUGUGAACAAUAUUACAAUAUAAUAUGUUGUUAUGUGAACAUAUAAUCUAUUCUGUCAUCCACAUUACAACAUUA